GCCAAUCAGAACGCGGGUGGGCGGGAUCACCGUGGGCCUGGCAUUCAGGUUUGGUUGCAAAGAAAGCCCUUACCGGCGGUGUGAGCUGCCUAACUGCCUAGCUGAGGACACACCAGGACGAAUACCAUAUCCUACCACACCUCUUAUUCCCCAGGCAGCCUCCUCGACUCUUGGAUACUUGUUCGGGAACUAUUUGGAAGCGGUCAACUUUUUGUUUUAUUCAUUACCUUUUUAAACGGAAUGGAUUUUGAAAAGACCUAACCUGGAUGCUUGGCUGUACGAGUGUUGAUAAGAGCCUGCUGCUGGAGUUUGCCAACUUUUGAGAAGUCUUUCCAGAGGGGGAACUAACUUUAAAAGCCAACAUGGAUCAAGCAAGCGGUGGGGAAGACCCGAAUAAGUCCUCCAAGAAGAAAUCCAACGAGGACGAGGGUAAAAACAAAAAGCUGAACAUACACAUAAAAACAUUGGCCGAUGAUAUGCGUGAUCGUAUCACCAGCUUCAGGAAAACAGGGAUGAAGAAGGAGAAGCCCCUUAUACAGCAUCCAACAGACCCCCUCUCUACCCAGACUGAGCUACCAGUUCCUCAGCCCCUCUUUGACGACCGCUCCAUGAACCUCUCAGAAAAGGAGAUCAUUGACCUCUUCGAGAAGAUGAUGGAGGACAUGAACCUGAAUGAGGAACGCAAAGCCCCUCUGCGUGGGAAGGACUUGAGCACCAAACGCGAGAUGGUGGUCCAGUACAUCUCAGCCACUGCCAAAUCUAUAACUGGGAGCAAAGUUGCGGGUGGACUAAGGAACAGCAAGCAUGAGUGUACACUUUCAUCCCAAGAAUACGUCCACGAGCUGCGUUCUGGCAUCACAGAAGAAAAACUGCUCAAUUGCCUGGAGUCCCUCAGAGUGUCUCUCACCAGUAACCCUGUCAGUUGGGUUAACAACUUCGGCCAUGAGGGUCUCGGCCUUCUUCUGGAUGCUUUGGAGAAGCUGCUGGACAAAAAACAGCAAGAGAUUAUUGAUAAACGGAACCAGCAUAAACUCAUCCAGUGCUUGAAGGCUUUCAUGAACAACAAGUAUGGACUGCAAAGGAUCUUGGGAGAUGAGCGGAGCCUGUUGCUGUUGGCACGGGCAAUUGACCCCAAACAGACCAACAUGAUGACCGAGAUUGUCAAAAUUCUCUCAGCUUUCUGUAUUAUUGGAGAGGAAAACAUCCUGGAUAAGAUUCUAGCUGCCAUGACAAUUGCUGCAGAGAGGAACAAUAAAGAGAGAUUUGCUCCAAUUGUGGAAGGACUGGAGAACCACGAAGCCCAGCAGCUCCAGGUUGCCUGCAUGCAGCUGAUCAACGCCCUGGUCACCUCCCCCGAUGACCUCGACUUCCGGAUACAUUUACGCAAUGAGUUCUUGAGAUGUGGCCUGAAGAAGAUCCUACCUGAGCUAAAAGAGACAGAGGAGCUCGACAUCCAGCUCAAGGUGUUCAAUGAGAACAAGGAGGAGGACUCCAUUGAACUCUCCCAUCGCCUGGAUGACAUCCGCGCUGAGAUGGAUGAUAUGAAUGAAGUGUACCAUCUCCUGUCCAAUAUGGUGAAAGACACGGGCUCGGAGGCCUACUUCCUGUCGGUCCUGCAGCACCUUCUGCUCAUCAGGAAUGACUAUUACAUCAGGCCUCAGUAUUACAAGGUGAUAGAGGAGUGCGUGUCUCAGGUGGUCCUGCAUCGCAAUGGGAUGGACCCUGACUUUGGCUACAGUAGACGACUGGACGUGGACUUCACCCAUCUGAUUGAUCAGUGUGUGGAUAAAGCCAAAGUUGAAGAGAGUGAGCAGAAGGCUGCGGAGUUCUCCAAAAAGUUUGAUGAGGAGUUCAGUGCACGGCAGGAGGCCCAGGCUGAGUCUCAGAAGAAGGAAGAGAGAAUCAAAGAGUUGGAGGGGAAGAUCCAGGCCCUGGAGUCCCAGAUUGCGGCGGGUCCAACUGCGCCUGGAGUACCACCUCCUCCACCCUUACCAGGGGGUGCUGCACCACCACCUCCCCCACCACCUCCUCCGCCACCUCCACCUGGUGGCGGUCCUCCUCCUCCUCCCCCUCCUCCACCUCUUCCUGGCCACGCAAGCAUUCCACCCCCACCACCUCCUCCAGGUGGAGGACCCCCACCUCCCCCACCACCCCCUGGUUGUGGGCCCCCACCUCCUCCACCCUUCCCCGGAGGCCUAGGUGGGCCUCCGCCACCUCCUGCAAUGCCUGUCAUCAAGUUGCCUUACGGACUGGAGCCCAAGAAGACCUACAAGCCUGAAACUGUGAUGAAGAGGGUGAACUGGACCAAGAUAGUGCCUCAGGAAAUGGCAGAGAAUUGCUUCUGGAUCAAAGUCAAAGAAGAGAAGUUUGAGAGUCCUGACCUAUUUGCUCAGCUCUCCCUCUGCUUCUCCUCACAGAGCAAAGUGAGAAAAGAUGUGAAAGAUGAGACGGAUGACAGAAUGCAACAGUUCAAGAAAAAGGCGAAAGAGCUUCGCAUCCUGGACGCCAAAACAGCUCAGAAUCUUUCAAUUUUCUUGGGCUCGUUCCGCCUGCCUUAUGAAGAGAUCCGGGACAUUGUGCUGGAGGUAGACGAGGAAAGACUGAGCGAAUCACUCAUCCAGAACCUGAUAAAGAACCUGCCAGAGCAGAAAGAGCUGAAUGCGCUAGCAGAACUAAAGGGUGAAUAUGAAGAGCUAGUGGAGUCGGAGCAGUUUGGCAUUGUGAUGAGUUCAGUCAAACUCCUACGACCACGUCUCAACGGUAUUCUGUUCAAGCUGACGUUUGAGGAGCAGGUGAACAACAUCCGGCCGGACAUCAUGAAUGUGACGUUUGCCUGCGAGGAGGUGAAGAAGAGCGAAGGCUUCAGCAAACUGCUGGAGUUGGUGUUGCUGGUCGGAAAUUACAUGAAUGCUGGCUCAAGGAAUGCCCAGACGUUUGGUUUCAACAUCAGCUUCCUCUGCAAGCUCCGAGACACAAAAUCCAUCAGUCAGAACACAACACUUCUUCAUUUCCUGGCUGAGAAGUGUGAAGACAAUUACCAAGAGAUUUUGAGGUUUCCAGAUGAACUGGAGCAUGUGGAGAAUGCCAGCAGAGUGUCUGCUGAGAUCUUAAAAAGCAGUUUGACUACCAUGGAACGUCAAAUUCAGAGGCUAGAGAACGACAUCGAGAACUUCCCCAAAACGGACGACCAACAAGAUAAGUUUGUGGAAAAGAUGUCGGGCUUCUCCAAGCAUGCCCGGGAGCAGUAUGAGAAGCUGUCCACGAUGCACAAGAACAUGCAAAAGCUCUACGAGAGCAUUGGCAGCUUUUUUGCCUUUGACCCUCACUCGGUGAGUGUGGAGGAUUUCUUCGGAGAACUGGCCAACUUCCGCAUGCUCUUCAUGGAAGCAGUGAAGGAGAACCACAAGAAGAGGGAGAUGGAGGAGAAGAUCAAGAGAGCCAAGCUGGCGAAGGAGAAAGCAGAGCGGGAGAAGCAGGAGCGCCAGCAGAAGAAGAAGCAGCUGAUUGACAUGAACAAAGAGGGAGAUGAAACCGGCGUGAUGGAUAGCUUAAUGGAAGCUCUACAGUCUGGAGCAGCCUUCCGUGAUCGGCGAAAACGGACACCACGCAACGGUGAUCAAAGCCCUUCCAGUCCAUCCUCUCGGUGGCCGGGUGCUAACUAUGGUAACAGAACUCUAGACAACCGCCGCGCAGUCCUGGAAAGGUCUCGUUCACGCCACAACGCAAAUCACCAAGCUCGAUGAUCGCCCGCGCCUACCACAAGACGCUAGAUAAGUGCCAAAGAGGCCUGCUGGGUGGAGACCUGGAAGACAUCUGAAGGAGGGACGGACCACCCCUGACUGUAGCGUGCUCACACACACACACACACACACACACACAGCACCAAGUACGAAACAAAACAGCCUAAAGAAUCCACACAGAACUGAAGCAUCUACAGUACAUCACACAGAGACAUUGAAUUUUCAAGCUGGUCAUCUGACGCCUUACAUAUUUAUUCAACACUUUCUCAUCACUCCAAAUGUUCACGUUCUCUCUCCAUGGUUUUGAUUUACAAAAAGAGAAGAAAAAAAAUUAAAUUUUUAAGGCUGCUGCUGUUUUUAAAGAACGCUUUUCUUUGCUUGGAAAUCCAUUUUGAUUCUUGCGAGUCUGAGGCUUCUACUAAUCCUUUAUAAAAAUCAAAAUACUGAAGUUCACACACAGUUUUGACAUGAAACAUGCAGUGUUUUGAAAAUAGACGUUAUGCCGAGAAGGACUGCACCAUAGCGUACGCUUCAUCGUGCUCAAAAACAUACCACACACAUACCGCAUUCAGCACAGGGGCAGUGGGCCAGCUGUCCUUUAAAUGCAAGACGGGGAUUCAACGCUCACGUUGGCAAGCCAACAAUCUGCCGACGCUUUCUUCAACAAGUCACUGAACUCUUCACGGAAGAGGGAGUGGUUGCUGAGCAUGUUUUUUUUUUUUUUUCCCUGUCAGUUUCUCUUUCAACCAACAUGAAGACAGUUUUUACUUUACAAAGAGUCCACAUGAAUCAUUUCAUUUCAUUACAUAUCCCACAAAGCCACAAAGAGCCGGCCCCCUGUCUGCGCCGAUAUUUCAGAGCAUGUGACUCAUGGAUCCUGAAACUGUAAUCUCCAUUUUGACAGGAUGCAUUUUAUUUUUAGUUGUGUAAUAUCUAACCGAUGCCUCUGGGUGCUGAUCUCUGUCCCAAGGUUGCUUUUGCUGUUAACAUGAGAGACUGACACAUUUCUAAAUGCAUAUAACUGCCGAGAGGAGCGAACACGACCCUUUGACCUUUCCUGCGGUCGCACAGGUUUCCAGUGGGGGAAGCUUGGCUGUACAGAGGUAUUACAAUGUUUUCAAUAUUAAUCUGUGUAUUUUGUUUUUUAAAUAUGAAGGCUCUGAAAAGAUGUCCAGAUGUUACUUGUGUUGGAGACCAAGGGUGAAAACUCAACUUACUCUACUUUUCCCCCGUUUUCAAAAAAUACAUAAAUAAAAAUAAGCUCUGUAGGAAAACUAAGACACAUUUUGUUCAACAAUAUAACAUUUUAAAAAUACAUAUUUAAUAUUAACAGGGCUAAGCAGCUUCAAAAAUACCAGCUGAGAUUUCAGUGGGUAAAUUUAUAUUGUAGAAUGUAUUUUAUUCAUAAUGAUGAAGCUUUCAGCAUCAAAACAAACACCAGGGGCCAGAUGGAUAAAUGAUGCAUACACACUCACUAUGGUGUUGAUAGUGGAAGGAAUGUGCAGUGAGACUGUGUGUACCUUCAUGCCGAGUUCACACUACACGAUAUCAGCCCGAUUAUAGCCCGAUUAUAGCCCGACGCAGCGUCGUACGUGAUAAUCCAUCGUUUCAUCUUGUUUAGUGUGUCAUAGUUAACAACAACCGACGCCACAUCUGGGAUGCCUCACGAUGUUCCAAGAGAAAGUCUAGCAUGUUUGAUUUUCUUUUUGGCGUUCACAACUUCUACCGUCACAGCCGUCAAUUGGACCAAUAGGAACACAGAACGAUCUGCUGCUGUAGACAACUGUUCUACAACAACAGCUCCCUUUUGCCUUGAUAAAGUUAAUGCAUCGCGCCAUCAUUUCAAGCUCAACACGUCCUGUAUCUGUUUCAAAUUAAAAGCCCAUUUUAACUUUGGUUGAGAGAAUCCCUUCA